AUGGAGUCACUGGUGAAGAGGCGUCGGGAUCAGGCCAGCUCCAGGGAGGAAGACAGUUUUGGGGUGCAGCCCAGGAGGGUGGCCGACCUGGCCAUGGUCCCCAACCUCCGGUGGAGCAGCACCAGUCUCUGCAGGAACAGAAGGUCACAGUACCUCUUCAGCAACUGUGAAAAGCAAGGAAACCUGAGUUCAUGGAUUCCUGACAACAUCAAGAAGAAAGAAUGCAUAUACUUUGUGGAAAGCUCCAAACUGUCUGACGCUGGGAAGGUGGUGUGCGAGUGCGGCUACCCACGUGAGAAGCACCUGGAGGAGGCCACGUGGUCCCACACCUUCCAGGGCCAGGAGUGGGACCCGAAAAAGCAUGUCAGGGAGAUGCCAACAGAUGCAUUCGGUGACAUCGUCUUCACGGGCUUGGGCCAGAAAGUGGGAAAGUACGUCCGCCUCUCUCAGGACACUCCCUCCAGCCUGAUUUACCAGCUCAUGACCCAGCAGUGGGGCCUGGAUGCACCCAACCUGCUCAUCUCCGUGACCGGCGGGGCCAAGGACUUCAACAUGAAGCCCAGGCUGAAGAGCGUUUUCAGAAGAGGACUCCUCAAGGUGGCCCAGACCUCAGGGGCCUGGGUCAUCACUGGGGGGUCCCACACUGGCGUGAUGAAGCAGGUGGGCGAGGCGGUGCGGGACUUCAGCCUGAGUGGCAGCUUCUGUGAAGGGGAAGUGGUCACCAUCGGGAUCGCCACAUGGGGCGCCCUGCACAAUCGGGAGAGCCUGAUCCACCCCAUGGGUGGCUUCCCUGCCAAGUACAUCAUGGAUGAGGAAGGCCAAGGGCACCUGACCUGCCUGGACAGCAACCACUCCCACUUUAUCCUUGUGGACGACGGGACCCAUGGCCGUUAUGGGGUCGAGAUUCCCCUGAGGACAAAGCUGGAGAAGUUCAUAUCACAGCAGACCAAGGAGAGGGGAGGCGUGGCUAUCAAGAUCCCGAUUGUCUGCGUGGUGCUGGAAGGGGGCCCCGGCACACUAAACACCAUCUACAACGCCAUCAACAACGGCACCCCCUGCGUGGUGGUGGAGGGCUCGGGCCGCGUGGCUGACGUCAUCGCGCAGGUAGCCGGCCUGCCCAUCUCUGAGAUCACGAUCUCCCUGAUUCAGCAAAAGCUGAGCAUGUUCUUCCAGGGGAUGUUUGAGACCUUCACGAUCAUUGAGUGGACCAAAAAGAUUCAAGACAUCGUCCGGAGACGGCAGCUGCUCACUGUGUUCCGGGAAGGGAAGGAUGGCCAGCAGGACGUGGACGUGGCCAUCCUGCAGGCCUUGCUGAAAGCUUCUCGGAGCCUUGACCACUAUGGCCAUGAGAACUGGGACCACCAGCUGAAGUUGGCAGUGACGUGGAACCGCGUGGACAUUGCCCAGAGUGAGAUCUUCACCGACGAGCGGCAGUGGAAGCCCUCAGAGCUGUACCCCAUGAUGGUGGCCGCCCUCAUCACCAACAAGCCCGAGUUUGUGAGGCUCUUCCUGGAGAACGGGGUGCAGCUGAAGGAGUUCGUCUCCCAGGCCACCCUGUUCUACCUGUACCAGAACCUGGAGCCCACCUGCCUGUUCUACUACAAGCUGCACAAGGUGCUUCCUGGGGAGCCUGAGCGCCUGGACCCCAGCGUGCUUCUGCACCACGUGGCCCAGGUGCUCCGGGAGCUCCUCGGGGACUCCACACAGCCGCUGUACUCCCGGCCCCGCUCCAGCGACCGGCAACGCCUCCUCCCGGUGCCCAGCAUCAAAAUCAAUGUGCAGGGAGAGAGUCUCCGGCCCUUGUACAAGCGUUCAUCAGGCCAAGCUACCUUCACCAUAGAUCCGGUCCGUGAUCUUCUCAUUUGGGCCAUCGUGCAGAACCGCCGGGAGCUGGCAGAAAUCAUCUGGGCUCAGAGCCAGGACUGCAUCGCGGCAGCCUUGGCCUGCAGCAAGAUCCUGAAGGAGUUGUCCAAAGAGGAGGAAGACACGGACAGCUUGGAGGAGAUGCUGGUGCUCGCAGACGAGUAUGAACAGAGAGCCAUUGGGGUCUUCACCGAGUGCUACCGGAAGGAUGAGGAGAGGGCUCAGAAGCUGCUGGUCCGCGUGUCGGAGGCCUGGGGCAGGACCACCUGCCUGCAGCUGGCCCUGGAGGCCAAGGACAUGAAGUUCGUGUCUCAUGGGGGCAUCCAGGCCUUCCUGACCAAGGUGUGGUGGGGCCAGCUUGGCGUGGACAAUGGGCUCUGGCGCGUGAUGCUGUGCAUGUUGGUCUUCCCGCUGCUCUACACUGGCCUCAUCUCCUUCAGGAACCAGCGGCGGCAGGUGGAGGGGGGCCUGGCCCGCGUCCGCGCCUUCUUCAGCGCGCCCGUGGUCGUCUUCCACAUGAACAUCCUGUCCUACUUCGCCUUCCUCUGCCUGUUUGCCUACGUGCUCAUGGUGGACUUCCAGCCCCAGCCCUCCGGCUGCGAGUACCUCAUCUACAUCUGGCUCUUCUCCCUGGUGUGUGAGGAGCUGCGGCAGCUCUUCUACGACCCCGACGGGAGCGGGCUGCGGAAGGCAGUGAUCGUGUACUUCAGUGACUUCUGGAACAAGCUGGACGUGUGCGCUAUCCUGCUCUUCAUUGCGGGGCUGACCUGCCGACUCAUGCCCUCACUGCUAUACACCGGGCGCAUCAUCCUCUCCCUGGACUUCACCAUGUUCUGCCUGCGGCUCAUGCACAUUUUCACCAUCAGCAAGACGCUGGGGCCCAAGAUUAUCAUCGUGAAGCGGAUGAUGAAGGACGUCUUCUUCUUCCUCUUCCUGCUGGCCGUGUGGGUCGUGUCCUUCGGGGUGGCCAAGCAGGCCAUCCUCAUCCACAACGAGAGGCGGGUGGAGUGGAUCUUCCGGGGGGCCGUCUACCACUCAUAUCUCACCAUCUUCGGGCAGCUCCCAACCUACAUUGACGGCGUGAACUUCAGACCAGACCAGUGCAGCCCCAAUGGCACGGACCCCUACAAGCCCAAGUGCCCCGAGAUCGACCAGGCGCGGCAGGAGCCCAUGUUCCCCGAGUGGCUGACCGUCCUCCUGCUCUGCCUCUACCUGCUCUUCACCAAUAUCCUGCUGCUCAACCUGCUGAUCGCCAUGUUCAACUACACCUUCCAGCAGGUGCAGGAGCGCACAGACCAGAUCUGGAAGUUCCAGCGCCACGACCUGAUCGAGGAGUACCAGGGAAGGCCCCCCGCCCCACCUCCCUUCAUCCUCCUCAGCCACCUGCACCUCUUCAUCAAGAGGGUGGUGCUGAAGAUCCCUGCCAAGCGGCAUAAGCAGUUCAAGAACAAGCUGGAGAAGAACGAGGAGGCGGCCCUCCUGUCCUGGGAGAUCUACCUGAAGGAGAACUACCUGCAGGAACAGCAGUUCCAGCGGAAGCAGAGUCCAGAGCAGAAGAUUCAGGACAUCAGUGACAAGGUGGAUGCCAUAGUGGACCUGCUGGAAAUGGCACCUCUGAAGCAGUCGGGAGCAGUGGAGCAGAGACUGGCCUCCCUGGAGGAGCAGGCGGCCCAGACAGCCACAGCGGUGCACUGGAUUGUGAAGGCCCUGAGGGACAGUGGCUUUGGCUCGGGAGAAGGUGUCCCCACUCUGGUACCUGAGAAGGCCUCAGUGGGGCGGGGCCCUGAGCUGGACAGCAGAUCGAAGGCGGAGGACACCGGCGAUGCCUACCACGUGAAUGCCCGGCACCUGCUCUACCCGAGUUCCUCUGUCCUGAGGUUCCCGGUGCCCAACGAGAAGGUGCCCUGGGAGACGGAGUUCCUCAUGUACAACCCGCCCUUCUACACGGCCGACAGGAAGGACAAGGACCUGGUGGACCCUGUGGGGGAUGCCCUGGAACCUCUGUCCAAGAUCAGCUACAACGCGGUAGAUGGGCCGCUGGACCGGCGCAGCUUCCAUGGAGUCUACGCAGUGCGGGAUGGGCUCCCUCUGAACCCCAUGGGCCGCACGGGACUGCGUGGCCGCGGGGACCUCAGCUGCUUCGGCCCCAAUCACACGCUGCAGCCUGUGAUCACCCGCUGGAGGCGGAGCCUGGAUGGUGCCAUCUGCAGGAAGAGCGUCAAGAAGAUGCUGGAGGUGCUGGUGGUGAAGCGUGGCCCCUCUGAGCACUGGAUGUUGCCUGGGGGCUCCCGGGAGCCAGGAGAGGUGCUGCCCCGGAAGCUAAAGCAGGUCCUGCGAAGAGAGUUCUGGUCUUCCUUUGAGAGCUUGCUGACUCAGGGCACGGAGGUAUACAAAGGAUACGUGGAUGACCCCAGGAACACGGACAAUGCCUGGAUCGAGACGGUGGCUGUGAGCAUCCACUUCCAAGACCAGAGCAAUAUGGAGCUCAAGAGGCUGAACUCUCAUCUGUACUCCUGUGACGAGGGACUGGCCAUCCGCUGGCAGGUGGUAGACGAGCGCAUUCCUCUGUAUGACAACCACAAGGCCAUCCUCCAGAAAGUGGCUGCCUGGUUCGAGGCCUACUACUGA